UGUGUGUGUGUGUGUGUGUGUGUGUGUGUGUGUGUGUGUCUACUGCUAGGGACGGAAUAUGCUAGGUAACACGGAUAUUGAUAUUGAAACAUUUCAAGGAGCCCAUGUUUUGAAGAAAUAAUUUUGCCAGUUUAGCGUUUAAUCGCGUACAUUCGUCUUUUUGCGCAAGUCAGUGUCACACAAGUGUCACACUAACAUCCAGUGGCUUCUGUGGAUGUUUGGUUUUGACUAGACAAACAAAAUCUCACUGGCUUCAGGAUGUUUCUGUUCUCCAAAAAGAAGAAACCCAGCGAGGAAGCCAUAAAACGCCUGCAGUACCAGCUUUGCUUGGCCAAAGAAGCAGGUGCUGAUGAUAUUCUGGACAUUUCUGCUUGUGAGCUUACAGAGGUUCCCUCCAGUGCCUUCUCAAUAUGUAAAGUCCUCCAGAAGAAAGUGUUAAUUCUUCACGGAAAUGACCUGAGGUCACUUGUUCCUAAAGGUUGCUGCAUUGGUGCCUUAGCAACUUUAAAGGUGUUGGACCUGCAUGAAAAUAAGCUCACAUCUCUUCCUGAUGACAUUGGGCAGCUUUUGUCCUUACAGGUGCUGAAUGUAGAGAAGAAUCGAUUAAAACAGCUGCCGGACUCUAUAGGGGAUCUACGGCAUCUACAGACGCUUAAUGUGAAAGAGAACAGCCUUACUGUCAUUCCUGUGUCUGUGGGACACAUGAGCAGCCUGCGUACACUGGACCUAAGCGAGAACAGCAUUAGAGAAUUACCUAAAGAGCUGGCCAGUGUUCGCACUUUGGAAAGCCUGAUCCUGGACGCACAGAUUAUGAGAUAUCCACCUGCGUCAGUGUGCACCGCCGGCACAGAGGAAGUGCAGCGCUACCUGUGCUCAGAGAUAGGUCUGGAGUAUUGCCCUCCAUCUCAGUAUCUCCUGCCUGUGCUGGAGCAUGAUGGAAGGAAGCAGGAGGUGGAUUGUGUUGAUGGUGAGGAGAAAGCCUGGCAGAACAAAUUCAUGGACUAUGAGAAAAGAAAGGAGCAGAAACAGCUGGAAAAGUUGACCUUUGAGAAAGAUCUUGAAGAGAAACAGAGAGAGCACACUCAGCUCUUCCUCCUCAACAACUCCCGCAAAGAGGAUGUCUUGCUGUCUGUCAAACUGGAGCAGCAACGGUUGGAGUUAGGUGUGUCUCAGCAGCAGAAGACCCAGGAAACAGAGAGGCAGAAAAUACUGGAUAAAGUACGUCAGGCAGAGAGCAAUGUCAUGAGUCGCAUCUCUGACCUCUUGCUUGAUAACAAACGCCAGGCAAAGAGCGCCGAGUUUCUGCAAGCUCUAGAGGAAGACCGUAUACGAAUGGAACACCUUACUGCCAUCACACAUGAUGAAGCCAACUCUCUUAGGAAGAAGGAAGUGGCAAGUGCCAUGCAGAGGAUGCUGUCAGAGAGCUACUCUUUAAGGUUACUGCAGGAGGCCAGGGAAGCCAAGACACAGAUUCUGGUGUCAGAGACCUGCAGGAGUUUGGACUAUAUGGAUAAGAAGUUUGACCAAGUGUUGUCCCUGCAGCAGCUAGACAAAAGCAAAGCCAUUAGUCAGAUCCUUCAAGAGGAGGAAAUGCAGAAGGCCGCCUUUGAAGCUCUCCAACUCCAGAAGGACAGUGUGCAUGCUUAUAUCCGUAAUCAGAUUAAACUCAUAGAGGCAGAGUUAAUGCAGUUGACAAAGCUGGAGGUUAAGAGGAGGAAUUUGGACACUGAGAACCUGCAGGAAGUUCUGGCUGACCAGAGGACUGCUCUGAGUGACCUUCUGCAGCAGUUACUCAAACAAAAGGACCAAAGGGAGGAGGAGCUCAGGAUGGUUUUGGUGGAGAUGGACCAAAAAAGUGAUUCGAAUCAGCAGAACUACUGGAUGAUCCAGUAUCAGAGGCUCCUGGACGCCAAACCUCUCUCUCUGCGGAUGCAGGAAGCAGCUGUGGAUGGGGAUCUGGGGAAUCUGCUGUGUAAACUCUCUGCUCAACACUACCUGCCAGUCAUAGCUCACCACAGAAUCACUGCUGAGGCCUUGCGACACAUGACCACCAAAGACCUUAGGAAGUUGGGGAUUAAUGAGGUUGGUGUCCAGAAAGCUCUUCUCCACUGGGCCAAAGAACGCACUCUGUCUGACCCAUUUCCUAAAACGGCAAAAGAGAUGCAGGAAGCUGGUCCAUCCGCUCCAAGUGCCCCGCUUCAACAGCAGCUCACUCCUCCACUGACCCCCAACACCCCCCUCACCCCCACAAGUCCUGAAAGAUUCAGCAGUUCUGAGUGUGUGGUGUGCAUGGAACAUGAGUCACAGGUGAUCUUCCUGCCGUGUGGCCAUGUAUGCUGUUGUCAGACUUGCAGCAUUGCCCUGCAGUCCUGCCCUCUGUGCCGUGGCUCUAUAUCUCAGCGUGUCCGUCUUUACCACGGCUGAAGCCGGUCAGCGUCAUACGUCAUGUGUCGUUUUUGUUCCUUCCUCCCAUUUGCUGCAUGAAAUCAUAGUAUGUGAACCUUCAAGCACUUUAGAAGUUACUGGAUUUUUUUUUUCCACUCCAACUUCAACUAGCCAAUCAAAAAAGAACUUAUACAACAUGACGUUUGUCCAAUAGGAAGUUUUAUUGUUCAUCAUAAUCGUGUCAGAUUCCAAGAAAUUAACAACUACAAAGUAUUAGUAACUCAAACCUAAUAGGAGUAGAUAUAUUAUAAUGACUGUUGAGCUUUAGUAUCUUCCUUGAUGUACCUACUAUAAUCACUUGAGCCUCUUCUGUAUUUGAUGUCAGCUCAACCCCCCUCCCUCACUACAUUUUAAAUAUCUGCAUGUUCUCUAUAGUAAAGCUAAAUCUUCAUUCACUCACCACAGUCCCUCCAUGCCCUGUCCUCCAUGUUAUUAUAGCAUCAUCGCAGUACAGUAAGAUCAAAUUUAUCACCAUUCAGGGA